AAAAUUUUGGAAAUACGAUUGCAAUGUGUGAAGGAACAUGCUGGAAGAUCGAAAGUCUUGUGACUAAAAUCAACGAGCCAGCCGCAAUUCAUUUCCUUCGGGCGUCUGUUGGAUUUACGACACGAGAUUGUGCAACACAGCUGAACAAAAGCCAGGCCGGAGUGCGGUUCCUUGGUUUAGCAGCUGCACUUGUGACGUCUCUGGGACCUUUCGAAGGUGGCAAUACUCUUGAGCAGCUGUUGAACAGUUCUGCUUCCGACAAAACGCUUCUACCAACAGCAAGGCAGCUUAUGCUCCUGUUAGAAACUUUGGAACCACGACUUGAAUAUUCUGGCUUCGCGGACUCACUCGCUGGAUGGGUUAUAUUCCUGUGUCAUUCGUCGCGCAUCACCCAAGAAUAUCGAGAUUCCUGGGAAGUCUUCCCAUCCUUCCCCAACCCAGAAGGGUUAGACAGCCUGGUAAACGCUUUUCGACAAAUUGCCCGCAUUGGCGAUUCGGACGUAAUAAGAGUUAGCAUCAAGGCAACUACUUGCGUACCAUGGGUGGUAGCAUUCACGAAGUGGUGUCUUGGCGCUCCGCCCUCGAUAUUCUUGGAUGAUGGUACGGUUAUACUCCAGCAGCCGGGUACUAAAGUGGAGGUGCUCGCAAGCCUUGAUUCUGAGAACUGCCCUGGAAUAAAGGUCUCAAUAUAUCGAGCGUUGGGCGCACCCUCUGAUCUUGUGGGAGGCCUGUCCGGUGGUGGAUCUUGGACAGGAAUGGUCAGCAUCGAGACGUACGGUCAAUGGAUGCUUCAUAAGUUCGAAUUCACUGAGGGGUCUGCGAAUCAGGCUCUCAUACAGGCCCUUCCAUACGCAAUCAAAAAGAUUGUCGAAUCUUUGAGAUUGUCUAAAUAUCGGGAGUUUGAUUUUUCAAUUCCCCUCCGUGACUGGCGAUAUCAGUCACUUCAGGACGGCCCCGUGAUUGAUGAAGAAUCCAUGGAAUUGAGACUCAGUCCUUUUGGAAACGAGGCCGCAAUAGUCAAUAUAGCACGACGGAUUUUGGGUAUCUCUGGAUCUUUUCAAUUGCAUUCCCUUGACGAUUUCUAUAUUGAAAAUCUCCCAGUCGUGAAACUGCAUCUCAAGAAAAUCAAAGAGCAAUGCUUGUGCUCUGUUUGCAACCCAGGCGCUGGGAAAAACUUCAGAACUUGCGAGAAGGUCAAGUUCUUUCACCAUCUGGCAUUCGUCUGUGCUGAUAUCCUGGCCUUCUCGCUAUUCCAAGGUCCGGACUCUCCUCUUGUUCAACUGCAGCAUUAUCGAGAUGGAAGUUAUCCAUUCAAGAAGGCAAUAUAUUCUAUUCUGACCAAUGAAAAUCUCGGGAAUGUCAAGGUCUCUGAUAUACUGCAGUACACUUUAGACUUGGUUGGCCACAAAGUUACUGACGAUGUUAAGGGGUCGAAAUGGGUUAUGUCUUCCUUUAAGGGGCAAGUCAUUUACCCACACCUCUACGAGUCUUCACACUAUGAUAAACAAGGCUACCUUACUCUAGCCUGGUCAUCCGGUCUCCUUCGAUAUCGCGGGGAGGUGUAUACCCGCGUUAUAGGGGAUAUAAUCAGCUCAGCUUCGGGUCGGGACCCUGUUACAGGUGUCUGUGGUGAAGUCACAGGGCCAUGUAACCUCGUUCCAGACAUCAAAGUGGUCUGGCAUAUCCAACAAGCCGACAAUCUCUUGAAGGUGUCACUGGGUCUCGAAAGUCCACAGCGAGACUUAUCUUCUAUCCGAUACUCAGUAAACUGGAUUUUGGAGAACCUAGCUUCUGCGAUUAUGCUAGAAGCCUGUUCACAUAGCCCAAAUGCUGCUUUGGAGGAACCCGAUAAAUUUUGUGCAUAUACUGGGCCUAUGGCAAUCAAGCCCUAUUCCGACCAGAAAAAUGGAAUUCAGGUUGUCGGAAUUGUUGCCGUUGAAGGCUCGAACGAACUUCGCUUAUUUUCGUUGUCUGGCGCCAGUGUAAUAAUGCCGAUGGUACUUCGCAAGGAUGCUUGUUUAUCUUGUUGCCUCGAUGCUUGUAGAAGAACUAAAUACCCUGUAAUUAUUCUUUAGCUUUACUAUUGCUCG